AUGAAAUAUGGACUGAUCGUGUUUGAAGUAGCACCCGCGGUUAUAUCUGUGGCUGGUAUACACGUCACUGUAACCACCAAACAGCUUGCCUUCAAAAAGGACCCAGAUAUAGGCAGAAGUUUAUUUUUAAUAGUGGUGGUGAUGGUAGCAGCAGCAGAAGCAGCAGCAGCAGCAGCAACAACAGAAGUAGUAGCUAUAGUAUUAGUAGAAGUGACAGCAGCAGUAAUAGCAGUUGCAGUGGUUGUAGCAGUACUGGUAUCAACAGCAACAAAAGUAGUAGGUGUAGAGAAGCAGCAGCAUGGUGGUGAUAGUAAUGGUGGUGUUGAUAGGAGUGGUGGCGGUGACGAUGGUAGUAGUAGUGAUGGUGGUGACGGCGGUAGUAAUUAUGGUAGUGGUGGUAGUAGUAGUGGUGGUUUAAGUUACGGUGUUUGUAGAUGUGGUGGUGGUGGUGGUGGCGGUGGCGGCGGUGGUAGUAGUAGUGGUAGUAGUUGUACCGGUGGUGGUAAUGGUUGUAGGGGAAGUAGUAGUAGUGGCUGUGGUGGUAUAAAUUGCAGUAGUAGUGGAAGUUGUUAG